AUGGAUUUUGAGUAUUUUGAAAAGCAAGAUGAUGAUGAUGAUGAUAUGAAUGUUGAAUUUGAUGAAGAAGAUAUAAAAUACAAUAUAGAAGAUUCAAAAAAACCAAUAGAAAAAGAAUUGGAUGAUUCUGAGAUUUCAUAAAUAGAAAUGAAAAUUAAUAAAUUGAAAGAAGAAGAAUAAUAUUUUGAUUAAGAUUCAGAUGAAGAAACUAGAAAGAAAUUAACUAAAAUAAAAGAAUGGAAAAGACAUUUUGGAAAUUAUAUUCCCUUAAUUUUUAUUAAUGAUGAACCUAUAUUUGCAAUUAGUCCAUAAUGGAUAAUCAAUCUAUUUGUAAUAAUUGUACUAUUUGUCAUUACAUAUUUUCAAUUUACAAAACCUAAAUAAAAAACCAUAUAAUUUUGCAUUACAAUCAUAAUAAAUGUUUUAGAACUUUUAGGAUAUAUUAUUGCAGCUCUUAUCAAUCCUGGAAUUAAUACAUCCCUAUAAGAAACACUCAAUAGACAUAAUAAUUGUGAAGUAUUUAUUAUUUAUCUAUAUAUAAUAGAUAUGUGAAAUUGUUCAUUAUAGAAAAGACACAUAUCAUUGUGAAACUUGUAAUGUAUGCAUAAGAGAGUUUCAUCAUCAUAGCAAUUUUUUAGGAAGAUGUAUUGGAUAAGGCAAUUUAUUCUAUUACUACCUCAGUAUCCUAUUUUUGCCUUUGUUUUUAAUCAAUUUAAUAGUAUUAUAUGUGUUUUGA